CUCACUGUGGGCGAUAUUGUCUGCGGCGCUAAGUUCUACUUUCUCAGGCUCCUGCUCCUUCCAAGAGGAAGACAGUAUGAUUAAAUUCCAGGAAGCUGUGACCUUCAAGGACGUGGCGGUGGUCUUCACGGAGGAAGAGCUGGCUCUAUUGGACAAGGCCCAGAUAAACCUGUACCAGGACGUGAUGCUGGAGAACUUCAGGAACCUUGUUUCAGUGGGAGACAGGAUUAAAAACAACAUUUCACAUCUUCAGGGGAAAGGGUUGAGUUAUCCCUCUCAAGAGGUGCUCUACUGCUGGCAGAUUUGGAAACAAAGGAUCAGUGAAUUAACUGUGAGUCAGGAGUAUGUCAUGAAUCUUCAAGGAAAUUAUCCCCAAUAUUUAGAAGGAGAUGUUUCUCUCUGUGAAGAGUGGGCAGGAGUGUCUCUUCAGAUUUCUGAAAAUGAAAACUAUGUAAUAAAUGCCAUUAAUUUAGAAAAUCAAGAUGGCACAGAAGGGAAAGGCCUGACACGAGUCUUUACCCCAGAAUCUUGGAAGGGAGCCAACAUGAUGACUGAGCCCCAGAAUUCUCAAGGACAAUAUGAGAGAAUGCAUGUGGAAGAGAAACUGUAUGGAUGUGCUCAGUGUGAUGACAGCAUCAGUCAGACAUCGUAUGAUCAUGGUGAUUCCCAAGAAUGUAAAGAAGAGGAACCUUGUAGCUACACUGACUAUGGGAAACACUUGGCUAUGAAAUCAACAGCCAAACAACAUAACAUGGUCCUUGUGGUGCCACAACCUGUCAAAUGUAAUAACUAUGAUGUGGGCUUCAUAGAUGGUGCAGACCCUCCUGUUCAUCACAGCGCUCACAUAGAAAAGUCUUGUAGAUGUGACCAGUGUGGAAAGGACUUUAGUCAGAGCUCAGAUCUUAUUGUUCAUUAUAAAACUCAUUCAGAUGACAAAGCUUAUGAAUAUCAAGAGUGGGCAGAGGGCUGCAAGCAGAGCCCAGACCUUCCGAGAUAUCAAAAGUUCCCCUUGGGAGACAAACCCUAUAAAUGUCUCGAAUGUGGCAAGGUCUUCAGGCGUAACUCCUCUCUUCACAACCAUCACCGGGUCCACACAGGGGAGAUGCCCUAUAGAUGUGAUGUGUGUGGGAAGGGGUUCGGAUUUAGGUCACUUCUUUGUAUUCAUCAGGGAGUCCACACAGGGAAAAAGCCCUAUAAAUGUGAGGAGUGUGGGAAGGGCUUUGAUCAGAGCUCCAAUCUUCUUGUCCACCAGAGAGUCCACACUGGAGAGAAGCCCUACAAAUGCAGUGAGUGUGGCAAAUGCUUCAGUUCAAACUCUGUUCUUCAAGUCCACCGGAGGCUGCACACAGGGGAGAAGCCUUACAGGUGCGGUGAGUGUGGAAAAGGUUUCAGCCAAAGCACACACCUCCACAUUCACCAGAGAGUCCACACAGGGGAGAAGCCCUAUAGAUGCAACGUGUGCAGAAAGGCUUUUGCAUACAGUUCAGUUCUUCACACUCAUCAGAGGGUUCACAUGGGAGAAAAGCCUUACAAAUGUGAAGUGUGCGGUAAAGGCUUCAGUUAUAGUUCAUAUUUUCACUUACAUCAAAGAGACCACACCAGAGAGAAACCGUAUAAAUGUGAUGAGUGUGGUAAGGGCUUCAGUCGGAAUUCAGAUCUUCAUGUGCAUCUCAGAGUCCACACAGGAGAGAAGCCCUAUAAGUGUAAAGAAUGUGGGAAGGGCUUCAGUCGUAACUCAUAUCUUCUUGCUCACCAGAGAACACAUGCAGAUGAGGUGCAAUAUACAUGUUGUGAGCAUGGCAAUGGCUUUAGUUAUAGCUCAGACCUUCUUACUCAUCAAAGACUACACAAGAGGACAGAAACGUACUCAAUGUAAUUCUCAAAG